AUGGGGAAACUAGAGAUGCCACCAAUCUUGAUAGCACCAGGGUUGCUAGCAAGUGAGACAGUAUGUUAUCCAUCAAACAGGAUAACAACAAUCGGGAUAUGGUUGAAUGAGGAUCCAAUGACCUAUGCUCUCCCUGCCUUCAUCAUUCAAACCAUGUUGAUUCUUCUUGUCACACGUCUCCUCAUGUUUAUUCUUAAACCUUUCCACCAACCUCGAGUCUUUUGUGAGUUUAUCGCAGGCAUAAUUUUGGGUCCAUCAGUACUUGGACAAUCUGAAUUGUUUCGAAAGAAGAUGUUUGACAAAGUUAGUUUGCAAUUGCUUGAGACAAUGGCUAAUGUGGGUGCCAUUUACUUUGUGUUCAAAAUUGGACUAGAGAUGGACCUCUCAACCAUUCGAAAAAAUGGAAAAAAGGCUUUGGCCUUCGCAAGUGUUGGUAUGUUUUUACCGUUACUUAUAGGUUGGGCCUUCUCCUCUUUCCUACAAAAAAAAACGACCAUCCAGGGAGGUACAUUCAUAAUCUUUUUCGCUAUAUCUCUCUCUAUCACAUCAUUGCCUGUGCUUGCACGAAUCCUUGGAGAGCUCAAACUUCUCGACAUGGAGAUUGGCAAAAAAGCUAAGCUAGUUGCUCUUAUUAAUGAAGCUUUUGGGGUGGCUCUUUUAGUAUUUGUCGUUUCCUUUGCAGAGUCGACAAAAAACUCUUUCAUGACUUCCCUAUGGAUAAUCAUAUCUUGCAUAAUUUUUAUUAUUUUUUUCAUUUUGGUUGUUCAACCAUCAAUCACAUGGCUCAUACUGCGAAACCCAAAGGAUAAAAGCUUUAACGACCUGACUACAUCCAUUAUUUUUUCUGGGGUUAUGUUCUCUAGUCUUAUCUCAGACGCCAUUGGAGUGCAUCCUACCUUUGGAGCUUUUGUUUUUGGCUUGAUUGUUCCAAAUGGGCCACUUACAAUCACCCUAGUAGAAAAGCUUGAAGACUUUGUAAUGAGUUGUCAGAUCCCUCUAUUCUUUGCCAUUAGUGGGCUUAAGACUAAUCUUUCAAAAGUCCUGGAAGCCUCCACAUGGUUUAUUCUCAUAUUAGUAAUUAUUCUCUCAUUUGCUAGCAAAGUUGCUGGAACUGUCCUUGUUGCCUUUUUUUACGAGGCACCUUUUCGUGAAGGAGUUGCACUCGGUUUGCUCAUGAACACCAAAGGACUCAUUGGAUUGAUUGCGCUCAAUCUUGGGAAAGAUCAAAAGACUAUAGAUGAUACAGCAUAUGCAAUCAUGGUGAUCACAACUAUAUUUAUGAAUGCAAUCAUCACACCUAUUCUAGUAAAAAUUUAUAGUCCAGCAAGGAAAUUUGUACCUUACAAAAGAAGAACAAUUCAAAAGACAAAAGCAGAUUCUGAGUUACGAAUACUAGCAUGCAUCCACACUCCUCAGAAUGUUCCAACAAUUAUCAAUCUGCUUGAAGCUUCCCACCCCACGAAGAAAUCUCCAAUAUCUAUUUUUUCACUCCACCUAGUUGAACUAACUGGUCAUGCAUCUACUACCCUCAUCGUCCAUAGCUGUAAAAAGUUUGAAACAACAACCCUCAAUAAAAUGCAAGCUCAAUCUGACAACAUUAUACAUGAGUUUGAGAUUUUUAGGCAUCAUACAAAUUCUGUCUAUGUCCAAUCCUUCACAACCAUUUCCCCUUACUCAACAAUGCAUGAAGAAAUUUGCAACUUGGCAGAGGAUAAACAUGCUGCCUUCAUCAUUAUUCCUUUUCAUAAACAACAAAUGGUUAAUGGUGCAAUGGAAGCUCCCAACCCAAAAUUUCAAAUGGUGAAUCGAAAUGUACUAGCAAAUGCUCCUUGUUCAGUUGGCAUUCUAAUUGAUAGGGGCUUAAGUGGCUUGAUACGCUUGCCUUCUGGCCAAGUAUCUCACAACAUUGUUGUGCUAUUCUUUGGUGGACCACAUGACAGAGAGGCACUAUCGUUUGCAGUGAGGAUGUCUGAACAUCCUAGGAAUAGCCUUACUGUUAUUCGUUUCCUUCCAGGGCUUGAGGUAGUUGAUAGAACUGUGGACCCAAGCCAUGAUGAUAUUAAGAAUCUUGAGAUUUUGUCACUGGAAAUAGACAAAGAGAAAGACAAGCAACUAGAUGAUGACUACAUAAAAGAGCUCAGGAUACUAAAGGAAAAUGAUGAAUCAUACUCUUACAAACAAAAAGUUGUGAACAAUGGGGAAGAGACCAUGGAGGCAAUAAGGUCAGUGGACAAAAUUCAUGACCUCUUCAUAGUUGGUAGAGGAGAUGGAAUAGAAUCGACACUUACAGCAGGACUCAAUGAGUGGAAUGAGUGCCCCGAGCUUGGAGUAAUUGGUGAUUUGUUAGGAUCAUCAGAUUUUGCAGCAACAUCAUCUAUUCUAGUAGUUCAGCAAUAUAUAGGGCUAGGGCCACAUGAUGGAGGGAUUUUAACGCCGGAUAGCAUGAGUCAACAAGAAGAGCAAUCUAUUAUGAACUCGACAGUUCGUAGCUAA